AUGGAUAAAUUUGUUGUACAGAAAUUGUCCCAAGUUCCUCAUCCAAAGACAAAGUCACACCUUUCUGUGAAUAUAGAUGCAAAACAGCGAGCAAGUAAAUAUCCGUCAGGAACUUUUCACCUGGAUGAUGGUCUGUUGUUCUGUUCAAAGUGCAAUGUCGUAAUUGAUCAUGUAAGGACAUCCGUCGAUGACCACCUAAAAUCAAAGAGUCAGGCCAAAGCAAACUCUUUUGGAAAGCAGCAGUCUGUCAAAACAGCACUGAAAUUCUCUAACAAUACAAAGGCAGAGAAAAUCAAGGUUUGUCAAGAAUGGAUAUAUGAAUGCACUGCGGCGAAUAUUCCGCUAUUAAAAUCUGAUAACGCAUAUCUAAGAGAGUUUUUGACCACAAUGGUAAAAAAUGGCGGUGCUAUUCCUGGAUCCUCUCAACUGCGAGAUGAGUAUCUUCUUGAUGUAUAUGUUGUAGAGAAAGAGGAAUUGAAGCAAAAAUUUAACGGUAAAAAAGUCGCUAUAUUGACUGAUGAGCUGAGCGAUGAUGAGGGACGCUAUGUAAUGGAUGUCCUGGCUGUUAUUCUUGAUUUUGAUGAACUAUCUCCUCAUGGCAAUACUUGCGCUUAUUUACUGGAUACACAUUUUUUGACCAGCACCAACAAUGUGACAGUGUCCCAGACAGUGCUCAAAGUCGUAAAUGAGUAUGAUAUUUCGUUUGAUAAUGUGCUCAUUUUUAAUUCUGAUAACGUGGCAUACAUGAAGAAAGCAUUUUCGUCCACACUUUCGGUUAUUUUUCCAAAUUGUGUGCACAUUACUUGCAUAUCACAUUACAUAACGUGUAUCGACAAAAACUGCGCUCUGCGUUUCUUUCAAGAUUUAGCCGAAAUCUUUAAUUAUUCGUAUAAAAAUCUAUUACACUUUGUUGCUGAAGUUUUUGUGAUCGUUUUGAUACAACUUUCGACUUUUGUGGUAUAA